AUGCGUUCGCUUGCAUCCCUCCUCAAUGCCGGCCUGCUUGGCCUGCUGCUGCCCCAGCUCGCUGUCGCAGCACCGGCCGAUGACUUCAUGGCGGCGCUGAACUCACGCGCGGAUAGGGCCCCGUUGCUCCACCGCGACUUCCCGGACCCGUCCAUCAUCCAGGACACGGCAGGGGACGGGACGUGGUACGCGGUGGCCACGGCGUCGGGCAACAAGCAGGUGCAGGUGGCCAGCGCGCCGAAGCCCGAGGGGCCCUGGACCUACCUCGACCGGGACCUGCUGCCGGACCCGGGCCCGUGGACGACGGGCAAGAACACGUGGGCGCCGGACCUGCGGGUGCUGGGCAAGAACAAGUACGUGCUAUACUACUCGGGCAAGACCAAGCGGCACUGCGUCGGCGCGGCCACGGCCACGAGCAUCCUGGGCCCUUACACGCCGCAGGCCCAGCCGAUCGCCUGCCCGGAGGACAAGGGCGGCGCCAUCGACCCGUCGGGCAUCAACGACGACCGCAACGGCCGGCGGUACAUCACGUACAAGGUGGACGGCAGCGCGAUCGGCACGGGCGGCGAGUGCGGCAACGGCGACGAGCCCAUCGUGCCGACGCCGCUGAUGCUGCAGGAGGUCUCGACGGCCGACGGCUUCACCAAGAUCGGCGCGCCGGUGCAGCUGCUGGACCGGAUCGCCGAGGACGGCCCGCUGAUCGAGGCGCCGCAGAUCGUGCGCGUCGCCGACGGCACCUACAUCCUCUUCUACAGCAGCCACUGCUUCAACUCGGCCAACUACGACGUGAAAUACGCGACGGCGGCGGACAUCAGGGGCCCCUACAAGCGCGCGGGCACGCUGCUCAAGACGGGCUCGCUGGGCAUGAGCAGCCCCGGCGGCGGGACGAGCAUCGUCGGCGGCGGCUACAUGGUGCUGCACGCCAACUGCGACGCCGGCGGGAGCGGCCGGUGCAUGUACGGCGUCAAGUGGACGUGGAGCAAUGGCAAGAUCACGGUCAGCUAG